AUGAAGCCCAAAAGCUACGCCUGGGGCUUCCAAAAUGCAUGUUUUGCAGCCUCGAGGUCGUUGAAUCGCACCCAGCGGCGUCAUGCCACCACCACCACAUCGACCAAACCUUUGACGUCCUCUUCCCCCAGCCAGCGCCGGUGGUUGCGGCUGACCCUCAUUACAUUGACGGCUGCAGGUGUCGGUGCGUAUCUCAGAUGGUCACAAGACUCGGCAUCUUCCUCUACAACCUUGAGCCCUUCUCGAUUUACACCGUACUACCUGGUUUCCAGGGAACCGGUUUCGGCAACCGGUAGCCUGUUCACCCUCAAGCCUCCCAAGUCGGAUGGAAGCAACUUGGAAGUAUACGAGGACGCAUGGAAGACUGGAGUAUGGAGUGUUAUGUUCAAGCAACCGCAACUGCAGAUCGGCAGAGAUUAUACCCCGUUACCACCCGUGUCAUCCAAUGUAAACGGUGAUGAGUGUCUCCGGUUUUUUAUUCGCAAAGACCCUUUCGGCGAGGUCUCUCGAUAUUUACACAGCCUCAAGAUUGGUGCACCAAUAGAGGUUCGCGGGCCACGGGUCGAGUGCGAAAUACCGCCAGAGACUCAGACGAUCCUCUUUAUUGCAGGCGGCACAGGAAUUGCACCCGCUCUGCAAGCCGGACAUACCCUCCUUCGCCGCCCGGACAAGGGUCAUAAGCCCCGGAUUCACAUACUUUGGGCGACUCGACAGCGGGAAGAUUGUCGGGGUGGGUACAAUGAUCACACGAGCGCAGCUCCUAAUGGCACUCGAUGGUCCUGGCUUUCCUGGCUCUUCAGUUCGUCACAACAAAUCGCGAAAACUCCUCCCUCCGAGGCCAAGGUAGCUGUAGGCACAUCUGCUGUUGUGAAAGAACUAGAAGCUCUCAAAGCACAGUACCCAGGACAAGUUACUGUAGAGUACUUUGUCGAUGAGGAGAGCACGUUUAUUGGAAAGAGGUCUAUAUUGGACUUUACCAAUUCUGCCACAUUUUCUCUCGGGCAGCGCAAUCGCAACAUGAUCCUUAUCUCAGGGCCAGAAGGAUUCAUUAGCUACAUGGCAGGACCAAAGCAAUGGGCGCAAGGCAUGGAGUUGCAAGGCCCUCUUCAGGGCAUCAUCAAAGACCUCAACCUCCAUGGGUGGGCAGUAUGGAAGCUUUGA